GCGUGUUUGGGCGGCUACCGUAAAGAUUUCCUGGACGCUGGUUUCUCUAUUUCCUCUCUGUUUUAUAGCUCGUCGCAUAAACAGCUUUGAUAACCUAGUGCAACAAUGCAGACAAUUAAAUGUGUAGUAGUUGGUGAUGGUGCUGUGGGUAAAACCUGCCUCUUGAUUUCAUACACCACAAACAAGUUCCCAUCGGAGUACGUACCAACAGUGUUUGAUAACUAUGCUGUUACUGUAAUGAUUGGCGGCGAACCUUACACUCUUGGAUUAUUUGACACUGCAGGUCAGGAAGACUAUGAUCGGUUGCGACCCCUCAGCUAUCCCCAAACUGAUGUCUUCUUAGUUUGUUUCUCUGUAGUUUCACCAUCAUCCUUUGAAAAUGUCAAGGAAAAAUGGGUGCCUGAGAUUACUCAUCACUGUCCAAAGACUCCAUUCCUUUUGGUUGGAACUCAGAUUGACUUACGAGACGAUCCCUCAACCAUUGAGAAGCUUGCCAAGAACAAGCAGAAGCCUAUAACUCCAGAGACUGCCGAGAAACUUGCCAAGGAUUUAAAAGCAGUGAAAUACGUAGAAUGUUCUGCUUUAACACAAAAAGGGCUAAAGAAUGUGUUUGAUGAAGCCAUACUCGCUGCGCUGGAGCCGCCAGAGCCCAAGAAGAAGCCCAAAUGUGUUCUUUUAUGAGUUCAACUUUGCCAUAGGUCCUUUCAGGCAUAAACCGUCUCUAUGACCAUUUAUCUAUCUGGAUCUAAAUCAGUUCUAGUUUGCAUUGAGGAAAGGACUAACUAUAGCAACUAUUAUGCUUUUUCUGUCUUUUUUUGCCUUGAAUUGUCAUCUGAAUUAAGAAAAAUUAAUAGAAUAAGCGUAAGUUAAGAGAGAAAUUUGUCACAAAGGUUAUCUUAAUUUAAGGUUAUAUUUCAUUAGUAUAUUUAUCUCAAAUGGUAAUAAGAAGACAUCGUUACGGCUACCGAAGACUUUUAAAUUCAGUUAUUUAUUCCUGCUCAAUAUUGUGACAAUAUUAACCUGUUUAGUUUGCUGAAAUAGAUAAACACAAAAUCAUAAGAGUAACUAAUGAAUUUAAAACUAUUGAAAUGGUGUUAUUUUGUACAAAUUGUCAUGUAUCUGUAAAAUAUUAGGUUUUUUCUUUUCGACAGAAAACCAGGACAGUGUUAUUGCAUAUGAUUUCAUUUAGAGGCAUAACUGAUCUAUCAGAGCAUCCUUAACUGUUGGCUGUGCUGUAGCUCUAACUGCCGGACCUGAAGAAAAAUGGCUUAAUAGGCUAAAAAUACAAGCAACAGGUGAACCAAAGCUCGCUUUUUUCCUUAAAUCCAUUUGCUUUCAACUAGCCACAGCAUAGUUAAGUUAAUUACCCACUGAUACCAUUCUGUUUAUUUUUACCACAAAGGCUUGUUUAGCCAUACAAAAAGAAAAAAAAAAAAAAAAGUAAUUUGACAGUCACAUGUGGUUACACAAAACAAAACCUUCAUUCCAAAAUAUUUUAAAAAACAAACAAAACUAUUUACAUAAGUGUGAUGACCGAUUACAUUUGGAUUCAUUGCAGACCAGGUUGUACUUUUUACCUUAUGUAUUACAUUAUCAAUCCUAAAUUUAAUCUGAUAUUACAAAUGCCAGUUGUCCCUAAUAACCUUGUUUUAGUGUUUUUUCCAUCACCUGACUGAGUUUAUCAUAAUUGUGUGUGAAGUUGGUCUUUUGCCAUUCGAAUACAUUCUAGGUUUUGUUUUUUAAUAUAUAUUUUUAUAUGGUGGACUGUUUCGUUACAGAAAGUUAUCACAUGUGAAUAUUACCUCAAAAUAAACAUUUUCAAUGUUUAACACAA